AUGGAGAUAAGUCCUAGAAAAAAGAAAAAGGUAUCAAAAUAGGAAUUUGAUUCGAGAGUAGAUUCUGAAUAUACUACUGAGAAUGCAAAGAAAAACUUUAGAGAUGAUGAUUCAGAAUAUAAAUUCAGUGAGAAGGAUUAAUUUGCUAAUGAAGAUGAAAUAUCUUAAAACCACUUGGAUAAAGUAUCCCAACAUAGCUAAUCUAACAAUAACAAGAAGUAAUUUAUAGAUCAAGAACUGUUGAAUUUCCUCACAUCCUAUGAAAAACUUUCAGGUGAAAGGAAAGUGGCAAUCAUCUCAGAUUUAUUUUACGGGAAAGAUAAUGCAACAAUGCAAGGAAUUAAGAUAUACUAGACAAAUAAGGGUCUUUUGGAGGAACUUAACAAAAAUUAGGAAUAUAGAAAAGCUUUAGAAUCUGCUUUGCCCACAUUUUCUUAUGAGGAUAUUAUUAAAUGCUUGAAAUCAAGAUAUCCAGAGAUAUCAUUCGAUCAAAAACGAGAAUUUGAUGUGAUUAAAGAUCUUAUCAGCAUGUACAGAGAUAAAAGAGACAAUAUUUAGGUUAAUUUUAGCAAACUUACCCCAUUAGAAAUUAAAAGGAAAAUUGAGGAUAACAAAGAAACUAUGGAACUCGAAGAAUUGUUAGGACUAUAAUAAUUGCUAAAUAUGGAUUAAAAACUGAGAGAUCUUAAGCUAAGAUAGUAAAAUUAUGACUUUUUUGAAAAGAAAAAUCGUUAGAGAGAUUAAGCAGAUAAUGAUCAUUUAGAAAGAAUCUAAGUUCACAAAAAGAGAUUAUAGAUUAUCAAGAAAAACAGCAUAGCAGAAUUAUUUAAAACUGAAGCAUAAAGUGAAAAGCAGGAGUAAAUUAAAAGGUUAUCAUACUUGAAUUCAACUAGAGAUAAUAAUAAUUACGGCAACAACUUUAGUGAAUAUAUAAAACUAUUUAUGGUAAAAUAUCAGGAUAAAUGGGAAUAGAUUAAAAAGAAAAAAAGGGAACAAGAAAUAAGAGAUCAGCAAUCUAAGUUAAGAUAAAGUAUGAAAUCCCCUAGAUCAUCUUUAAAGAUGCGAAACAUCUAAAGUGUAUUGCAAAAAAAUCUAGAAGAAAGCUCAUGUGAUACAGAUUUUGAUAACUCAAGACUCCUAUCUUAAAAAUUAAAAUAAGCUGAACCAAAGCCAAUGAAUUUCACUUAAACUCUUCAAGAUUUAAAUACAAAGAGAUACAAAAAAUCAUCAUCUGAAUAACCAUUAAGACCUGCAUUAAUUCAAGGGUCUAUUCUGGAACUAUUCCCAAAGUAUGGCUUAUUGUUAAACAAAAAGAAGUUGCCAUUCUUUGAGCUUAAUAAAUUUUCCAAAGAUAUUAAAGCAGAGUAAAUUGAAACUCACCAAAGACUAGUAUUAGUAAACAAACAGAAUGUUAAAAAAGGCUUAAAAUUAAAAGAACUUGCUGAAACUGAUGAUCCAAAUGUAUUUUAUAAGAAUUACGGUAAAUAGACUGAGAGAGGUAGAAAUUCCAAUAAUACUGCUAAUGAAACAAUGAAUAAUAAGUCGAUAAUAAAGAGUAGGAGAGGAUCGGUAAGGACUAAAGAUAGUUAUCCCUUUACAAGAGCUGAGUAAACUGUUGGAGGAUACCAAUCUACAUUCUUUGAGGAGCUUACUAGAAGUAAAUACGUGGGAAGUAAAUAUGAAAUAAUGAAUAGAGGAGAAACUUCGAGGCCAAUGACGUAGUAGUAAUAAGGAUUACUAAAUCCUAGAGCAUAAAUUUAAUUAGCUAGAAAUUCUAGCGUGACUUCUAGAGUACUUAGUAAUUUUAAUUCUAUACCCAUAAAAAUAAAAGAAAAGGACCUAGGGUCCUCACCAAAAAAGACAGAUUAAAAAUUUACUUAAGAUGACAAUCAAAUAAUGACGAAGAGAAUAUCACUUUUGGAUUUGGGCAAAAGAAGCUUCUAAAAAGAGAUGGUUCAAAAUGUUAUCAAAGAUGUAAUGAGCAAAAGAAAACCUUAUUGA